AUGAGCUCAAACAGACAGGCAUAUUAUAAAAACAAUGCUAAAGAGCAGAUUGGUAAAGAAAAACGUAAUGAAGAAGUUGUGAGUAUUCGAAAAGACAAACGGGAAGAGGCUAUUUCGAAAAGACGUAAUAUCAAUGUCGCAAUUGAGUAAGUUGUUAUUAUUUUGAUUUUCAUAAUAUUGAAAAAAAAUGAAUUUUGUUUCAGAGAAGACAAUGACAACGUUCAAGCCGCGGCUGGUCCAUUCGAUACAGAUUUGUUGCGAAUUACUGUAGACGCAGCCAAGUCUACCGACCCCGCUGAACAACUCGCAGCAGUUCAACAAGCCCGAAAACUUCUGUCAACUGAUCGUAAUCCACCAAUUGAUGAUCUUAUUUCCAGUGGAAUUUUACCAGUUCUUGUUAACUGUCUAUCAAGCACAGAGUGAGUUUUUCUACUUUUCCUAAAGUUAUAAUAUCACAUUCUUAUUUCAGCCCAAAUCUUCAAUUUGAAUCAGCAUGGGCAUUGACGAACAUAGCCUCAGGAACAUCAGAACAAACACAGGCAGUUGUAAGUUUUUUUUUUAAUUUUUCACAAAAAAUAUUGGAAAUUUUAAUUGUAGGUUAACGCUGGAGCUGUUCCACUUUUCCUUCAACUCUUGUCAUGCGGAAACUUGAAUGUUUGUGAGCAAUCAGUUUGGGCGCUCGGAAAUAUCAUAGGAGAUGGCCCACAUUAUCGUGAUUAUUGUCUUCAACUCGGAAUUCUUCAACCACUUCUUCAAUUCAUUACUCCAGAAAUUCCAAUCGGAUUUUUGAGAAAUGUCACUUGGGUAAUUGUCAAUUUGUGCAGAUGCAAAGAGCCAGCACCAAACGCAGAUGUUGUACGAACAAUUUUGCCAGCUCUUGCUCUUUUGAUCCACCAUGAAGACACAAAUAUACUCAUUGAUACAGUUUGGGCAUUAUCUUAUUUGACAGACGGUGGAAAUGAUCAUAUUCAAAUGGUUAUUGAAAAUGGAGUUGUCGAACAUCUUGUCCCACUUCUUGGACAUACCGAUGUGAAAGUUCAAACAGCUGCUCUCCGAGCCGUUGGAAACAUUGUCACUGGAACUGACGAACAAACUCAACUUGUACUCGACAGCGGCGUUCUCAAAUUCAUGCCAGGACUUUUGGCCCACUACAAAGAGAAGAUCAACAAGGAAGCAGUUUGGUUUGUUUCAAACAUAACUGCUGGAAAUCCACAACAAGUUCAAGAUGUGUUUGAAGCCGGAAUUAUGCCAAUGAUCAUUCAUCUUCUCGAUCGUGGAGAUUUCCCAACACAAAAAGAAGCCGCUUGGGCGAUUUCCAAUGUAACAAUAUCUGGAAAACCAAUACAAGUCGAACAAAUGGUCAAAUUGAAUGUUCUUCGGCCAUUCUGCGCAAUGUUGAGUUGCACUGAUGCUCAAAUAAUUCAAGUUGUUCUUGAUGGAAUCAACAAUAUUUUGAAGAUGGCCGGAGAUGGUGUUGAACAAGUGACCUCGGAAAUCGAAGAAUGUGGAGGUCUUGACAAAAUUGAGAAUUGUCAAAAUCAUGAAAAUGAGGAUAUCUACAAACUCGCUUUUGAAAUCAUCGAUACAUACUUCAGGUAAUUUUCAAGUUUUCAAUUGAUUAAAUUUUGACCAAAUAAUGAUACAAAUGGCGAGAAAAAACUAUAACAUGUCAUAAAUUCUGUCUAAAAAUUUCCAUUCUCAAUUAAAAAUUAUUUCAGCUCUGACGAGGAAGAUGUCAAUACUGCUGAGCCAGCUGCUGGAACAUCAGCCUUCUCCUUCAACGGCCCAACCGGAACUGAGGCUCCUCCAGCUCCAGAAGGUGGAUGGAAUUUUGAUUUCAAGAAGUAA